UUCCAGGGGGAGAGGACUCAGGGCCAUCUGACCGAACAGGCCUUCAUCUCGCUGCACAGCGAAACCAUACCUACCUGUGCAACGUGAUUGUCAGCAUGAACACAUCGGUAGUAAACAUCCGCGACAUGCACGGUCUCACACCACUACACGUGGCCUGUAUACAUGGCCAUCUCAGUGUCGUCCGCCUGGUCUUACGUUCUGGCGCUAACGUUAACAUUCAGGACAACAACAACAUGACGCCGCUGCUCCAGGCAAUCCUUCACCGACAGCUUCCAUCAGCGAAACUACUGAUGGCCAAGAGUGACCUUAGUGUAAAGUGUAACCUAGAAUUCGGAAACGGAUUGGCCCCUCUUCACCUAGCAACCGUCUUGAGGGAAAGUGACCUUGUUCAGGAGCUCCUUGACCACGAUAGCGACCCACUUCAACUCGCUGACAACGUACCAGUUAACGCAUGGAUGUACACCCGAGAGCGCCUUGGACCCAUGCAUAUAGCAUCUCUAAACGGAGAUGUGGACGUCUUUGAACUUUUAUCCCGAAGAGCGAUAAUAAAGGACGCCGUCACUAACCGCGUCUCUCCACUUUCCUUAGCCGUAGCUAACAACCAAUACCAGAUGGUGCGGUACCUCGUGGCAACAGGAAGUGACGUCAACCACCGCGUCACGGUGGAUGAAAAGGCCGGAUAUACAGCUCUGCACGUGGCGGCGGAUGAAGGACGUACGGACAUCGUAGAGUUUUUACUCCUUCAUGGAGCAGAUCCGAAUAUCCGGACACUCACCGCAUCCGGAAUGCCAGACAAGUCAGCUUUGGUACUAGCAUACCAACGUGGACACUUUGAUACAAUGAAUGUUCUGCUAUCCCGGACUAAGUUAGAGUUGUGGGAACAUCGGGAAAGUAAUCCUCUGGUGGAGGCAGCUGUUAGAGGUCAAACUGACCUGUGGCAGGAACUGUUGAAUGCCAAGGUCCAAUAUCUGCGUGACAGAGGAAAACUGAGAAUCACGGAGCCCGUGGUGUUCGAUAUCUGCAGUGAUCAUGAACGGCCAUAUGAAGCAUCGGACUCACUGAGCACCCCCGAUGAUAUCACACGGAACGACGCAGGAAACGUGGUCAUUCGUUUAGCGGCCUCUCAUAGAUAUGUCCAUGUCAUGACCAUGCUGUUCAAGUGUCUUGAUCCCGAUCAACCAAUCGAUGAGCUGCUCCAUCUAGCGGUUGCAGACCACUUAGCUUUCCCAGUUCUCUCCCUUCUUGUCGUUCACGGCGUGGACACGACAUGUAGGAAUGAAUUCGGCUACUCCGCUCUUCACACUGCCACUGAGCACAACAACAUUGCAGCCGCUCAAGCCCUCCUCCUGGUCAAUUCUGCAUGUGAGUGGCCUAUUAGGAAGGGAGAUUUACACCUGUCAUUUAUGAGCCACAUUAAUGACUGCGAUCCAUUGGUCGUGAAUCUAACAAACAGGCGAGGUCAGACAUCGCUACAUUUGGCAGCGCGCGGUGGACACAUCCCCCUCAUCGAGGGCCUCCUCUUGGCGGGAGGUGACGUCAACAUGGCGGAUGAGGAGAAGGUGACGCCAUUACACCUGGCCUGUUCGAUGGGCCGCCUACCCACAGUCACUCAUCUGCUUCUGGCAGGGGCAGAUAUAGAAGCGAGGUGUCAGUGGGGUUUCAAUAAGCGCAGUAAAUUGACAGAUGUGACUGCCUUACAUUUGGCCCUAAUAGAGAAGGAAAAAGCUGUCGUCGAACUAUUGUUGGCCAAUGGCGCCGACGUCAACAGUCGCUUCGAGUCACGGCUACAUAUGUCCACGACAGGGCUACAUAUGUCUAUUUGCAAUCGCGAGUGGGAUGAUGUCAGAUUAUUGCUGUGGGCCGGAAGUAGCACCAAUAUUGCAGGUAGGGACCGCAGCACGCCUUUGGUGGAGGCACUGAAGCGCCAAUCACCGCUGGAUAUUACCAAGGAGUUGUUAAAAUGCGGUGCUGACCCUAAUGCUGUGAGUGGAGAUGAUAUCACGGCACCUCUCACAUUUCCGCUAGAGACCUUGGUCAAUACACAGUUUGUAUCAGGUCGCCUGAAUCUUCUGUUGAAUUACGGGGCGGACAUAAACAGGAAAGCUGCUGACGGAAAAACAGUUUUACACAAAAUAGUCCAACAUUUAUCCACGGGUAACCGGGACACCAGAAACCUGGAGACCCUGCUGAAGCUGUCUCGGGACAUGGAGCGACAUAUCAGGGCUGCUGAUAUCCAAGGCUUGUCCGAGCAGUUACGAUGUUCUGUAUGUGAUUUCACAUCAGCGGACUGCGAUGGGAACACUAUUCUGUAUACGGCUCUAAAUGGUGACAAUGACGCGUGCGCGAAGUUAAUUUUGAAGUAUUGGGAGAACCAAGUGGUAACCAACGGAAGUGGCGACAGUUUGCUACGUGUAGCAGUCCAAAAACGAAGCCCAACAAUCGUGCGGCGGCUUAUCGAAUUAGGCUGCGAUAUUCACGAUACAAAGGCAUGGGCGGAAGUUCUGAAAUCAGCUGAUGAAGAAAUGAUUCGGAUUUUCUCCGAGUUUGCACAAGGGGUUGAUAUAAUACUUCCUUUGAACUCGGAAUUAACAGUGUAUGGAAAUUUGCUCCACUAUGCACUUUUGCGUUCUAGCGAAAUCUGUUUCAGUACGAUUCUCUCCUUAAAACUUGCUCACAUUAACGCCAUGGACUCUCUUGGCAGAACGCCAUUUUAUCUGGCUGUGGCGGAGAAAAGACAUAGUGCCGCUCUCACUCUCCUGGCAGCGGGCGCCUCCGUGAGAAAGGCACUGGAAUACAGGGAGCCGACUGGGAGAGACCUGUUGCACACAGUAGUGUGUAAUUCUCAGAAAAUGUUUCUCUCCUUGCUUGUUCUUCACACUCCAGAUAUCGAUCGUACAGCGGCUAGGUUUGAAGAAGAGCAGGACGUCACAGCUCUGCACAUGGCCGCUAUUAUCGGCAGACCAGAUGUGGUAGACAUCUUACUUCGAGCAGGUAGUGACGUAACGCGUCUCACGGCCAGUGGGAAGGACGCAUCAUUGUUGGCCACUGAACGUGGACACGAAGUUAUCAGACAAGAUUUAGACUCCCACCCAAAAAGAGAAAAUAAUGCUUCAAAGGCCCUAAAUCUCCCUCUGUCUGUAGCAGAGAGAGAGUUGAUACUUUGUCCCCGCUUUGAAGAUGUUAACAAUGACAUUGGAAAGUACACAUUUAGAUAA